AACUGUAGGUACUUUUGUUUUUUUCCCCAUCAGCUAAGCAUGCACCUUCCUAACUAAGCUGGGACUCUGUACAAUAAAGAAUCUACUUUAUCUCUCUGGAUCCAUGCUACAUUUUACUGCAGUAAGUGUAAUGUUAAUAGGAAUGUUGUACUUUGACUGUAAAUAGAGAGGAAAGCAUGAAACGGCAUCAGUGAAAUGUGAGUGGAGCAAAAAAAUCCUCUUGGCAAAUAGGGAAAAACAGAGCUUUGCUGCAACUGAGGACUGGAGUCUGAGGAAGAUCCAAGUGAUAUUUAACAUGACCAUCUGUAUCAUUUUGUCACCAACAGUAUGUUCUUGAGGAAGAAGUGCAGAUAUGGAUCACGUAAGCUGCAGUUUCUCUUGCUGUUGCUAAUGCUGGGCUUUUUGCUGCUGAUGGUUACAACAUUGAACCCCCCACCCAGCAACCAGAGCAAGGAAGAGAAUUUCCAGCCUGUGGAGUUCAGCCUCCGGGAAGGGAAUCAGAUGGACUCUGUGGAGACUCAAGAGAUGCUGGAGACCCAGGAGGAGAACCAGCAGUAUUACCCUUUGGAUGGGCUAUCACCUUUCAUCUCCCUGAGGGAGGAUGAGUUGAUUGUGGCCGUUGUGUCACCCACCGGCAAAAGGAACCACAGCAAGGCCAGAAAGGGCUAUCGCGUGGUGAGGCAGCAGAGCAGGCGACCGGGGGCGAGGGCAGAGGGCGACCCGGAGUCCCAGCUCCUGCCCCUUCCUCUACCGGCCGCUGAAGGGGCUGCCGCGGGGGAGCGGCCACUCGGCCUGGAAACCCACGGCUUUAACGAGGCGCUCAGCGAGCGGAUCCCCCUGCGCAGGGAGCUGCCUGAGGUACGACACCCGUUGUGCCUACAGCAAGAAUAUGACUCCAAUCUGCCUACUGCUAGUGUCAUCAUCUGUUUCCAUGAUGAAGCCUGGUCUGCUCUGCUGAGAACUGUGCACAGCAUUAUGGACACAGCCCCAAAGACCUCCCUCAAGGAUAUCAUCCUAGUCGAUGAUCUCAGCCAGCAAGGGCCCCUGAAGUCAGCACUGAGUGAAUAUGUCUCUAAGCUGGACGGUGUGAAACUCAUCCGGAGCAACAAGAGGCUUGGCGUCAUCCGGGGUCGGAUGCUAGGAGCCGCACGGGCGACUGGGGACGUGCUUGUCUUCAUGGACUCACACUGCGAGUGUCAGAAGGGCUGGCUGGAGCCCCUCCUAGCCAGGCUGGCCAUCAGCCGAAACAGUGUCAUCUCCCCUGUCAUAGAUGUCAUAGACUGGAAGACUUUUCAGUACUACCACUCUGUGGGCCUGCAUCGGGGUAUUUUUGACUGGAAGCUAAAUUUUCACUGGGAACGAGUGCCAGAGCAUGAAGAAAAGGUACGGCAGUCUCCCAUCAGCCCUAUCAGGAGUCCUGUGGUAGCCGGUGCAGUGGUGGCCAUGGAUCGACAUUACUUCCAAAACAUUGGCGCUUAUGAUUCUGACAUGACCACGUGGGGAGCAGAAAAUCUGGAGCUGUCUAUAAGAACCUGGCUUUGUGGUGGCUCUGUAGAAGUUAUCCCGUGCUCCCGAGUUGGGCAUGUUUACCGAAACCACUUCCCCCAGGCUUUCUCCUACGAAGAGGCCAUUAUGAGGAACAAAAUCCGAAUAGCAGAGACCUGGCUGGGCUCUUUUAAAGAGAACUUCUACAAGCAUGACACAGUGGCCUUCUUAAUCAGCAAGGCAGAGAAGCCAGACUGCAGCGAGAGACUUCAGCUGCAGAAGAGACUGGGCUGUAGGAAUUUCCAGUGGUUUCUAUCAAAUGUGUACCCUGAACUCUCCCAGCGUGAAGACACACCAAGGCUCUCUGGCAGGCUUUACAAUACUGGUACUGGCUUCUGUGCGGAUUACAGACCUGGAAGAGCCAUCGCAGAAGGCUCUAUCAAACUCUCCCCUUGCAGUGACAGCCUCACCCAGCACUUUGAAUAUACCAGCGUGAAGGAAAUCCGGCUUGGUGCUGCUCCACUGUUUUGCUUUGAUGUCAGACAUGGGAAGGUCAUCCCUCAAAACUGUACAAAGGAGACAGACAACAGCCACCAGCACUGGGAUGUCCAGGAGAAUGGAAUGAUUGUCCAUGCCCCUUCUGGCAAGUGCAUAGAGGCAGUGGGGACUGAAGAUGAGAAGGACUUGCUUUUGUUGGUGUGUAACAAGAAUGCAAAUCAGGUGUGGCAAUUUGAACGUUCCCCUAUGCUGCGUCAGAGAUGACCAACAGGCCUCUGUGGAAAUCAACUCUCCAAAGUUUAACAUGGCUUCUGGUUGGGAUUUAAGAUACAGUUCCUGCACAGACAAGAAAGAUGUUUUGUGUUUGCUGUAGCAUGCAGAGAAGUUAGGAAGGUCUCUCUUUUGAAAGCCUGGCUCAGAUACUUUGCUGUCAGUUCUUGGUUUAUUCAGCUCCAGCUAAAAUGUCUGUUUAAUUCUGUGGAGCAGGGAAUAAAGACACUGUGACCAUCAACAGAUUCUCAGCUCCCCUGUUGCAGAAGGCAGUUAAGUUUGCCCUUGGAAGGAAACAUGGAAAUUUGGCUGCCAAACAGCUUGUCUUUAGCAAAUUCUGUGAAUUCUGAAGAUGCAGGAAAAUGAGUUGGUGAAACUUUUGAAAUUGUAAGAGGAAGCCAACCAAACGAGGGUAAAUUUAGCCUUGUUUUAUAGUGCAUUUAAUACAUACAAAACAAAAUAGGCUUUGUGUGCAUAAAAGUAGUAGAUGUUUUCACAUGAAAUAGAUAAAAUUUCCUUUUCCAACCAGCUUGAGCCAAAUUUCUACCCUCUAUGAGACUGCACAGAGCACAAACCAGCACUUAAUUAGGCACUAGCUGCUCUAAUUGACUUGGAUUACCAACAGUCCUCAGCAUUUGGUCCAUCAUUCCUUAAACCCUUGGUCUGAUUUGGAUGGGAGAAUAAGACUGAAAUAUUACCAACUUUCGGUUUGUUUUAAUGAAAUUCAAGAACAACUCUUCAGGAAACUUUGGGAAAUGUGGAAGAAGAUCAAGCUAGAUUAGAAAGGAUGGUGACAGCUUCCCUGCUUAGUUUGAAAUGCAUAAUAUCACAGAAUCAUGGAAUGGUAAGAGUUGGAAGGGCCCUCUGGAGAUCAUCUAGCCCAGUCCCUCUGCUUUAGCAGGUUUGCACAGGGCAGGUUGCACAGGAUCAUGUCCUGCUGAGUUUUGAAAGUCUCUGGAGAAGGAGACUGCACAACCUCUCUGGGCAACCUGUUCCAUGGUUCUGCCACCAUCAAAAGAAGUAAGUUUAAAGUGGCAUCUGUUUGCUCUUACAGAGCUAUGGGUGGACUUUAUUGCUACUCCAGGGACAAAAGUGCUGUCUGAAGAAAGCAAACUAAGGGAAAA